ACAGUCAACAUUAGAACUCGUAGUGACAGCUUGCUUUGCUAGUCAGACGAAAUUACCAGCAACAUGUACAAAUUGAUUAUUUUGUCCACCAUCUUGGCUUUAUCAGUCGCCGCUCCCCGCCCUGGUUUGGUAGCUUACUCUGCUCCGGUGAUUGUUUCACCAGCCGUCACCAGUUAUUCUGGAUACUCCAACAGCGUGGUACAUGGAUCACCCCUGUCUGUAGUACCUGUGGUCCACCAGCCACUGGUACACUCAGUACCACUCACUUACGCGGCGCACGUACCAACAGUACUUGUUUGAUUGUCUGUAAAAUAAAAAAAUGCCCCAAAAUCGAUUUAAUGAAAGUGAAUUUAUGAUAUAAGAAAGUGUUUGAACCCAUGUUGUCUUUGUAAAUUUCUGUUGAUUAAAAUAAAGGAAUAUGCAAGC